GCUUUGUUCAGCUGCAGCGAGGACUGGGAGGCUGGGAACGACAGCAUCUCCGAGGUAAUAUAAACCUGUUGCCACCCCGCCGCCCUCACCUCCUCCCUGACACCCCAAACCCCAAUUGGUCUUCCUUCAUCUCUCAAACUCACCACCUCAUCUGCACCAAGGCAAGAUACUCAUCAUGUCUGGACAGGGAGGCCAUGCAGACGAGUCGGCGCCGCUCCUCCCCCAUGCGGGCGGCAGCGUAGCUCACGAAGGCGAGAGCGGCCGCAGCGGCUUCCACCCUCGCCAUUUCUUCGCGGUGCUAUGGCGUAGCUCCAGCCAGGUCUCGAUGUUGGUCAACAUCCUCUGGCCCUUCGUCCCGGUCGCCAUUAUAGUGCAUUUCAUCACCGAUGCGCCCCUGUGGACCUUUGCCCUGAGUUACAUCGGCAUGAUCCCCGCCGCCAACCUGCUCGGCUUCGCAGGCCAAGAGUUCGCCCGGAAGAUGCCCAAGGUGGCCGGCAUCCUGAUCGAAACCACCUUCGGCUCAAUCGUCGAGAUCAUCCUCUUCGUCGUGCUCAUCGCCAACCACGACGCGUCCCGGGGCGGCGGCAGCGACGACGGCAACCUGAUCCCCGUCAUCCAGGCCGCCAUCCUCGGCUCCAUCCUCACCAACCUCCUCCUCUGCCUCGGCCUGUGCUUCUUCUUCGGCGGCCUCCGCCACGCCAGCCAGAAGUUCCACGCCAUCGUCUCCGAGGUCGGCAGCGGCCUCCUCCUGGUCGCCGCCUUCGCCCUGCUCAUCCCCAGCGCCUUCUACUCGGCCCUCAAGACCGAGGCCACGCCCGACCCCGAGCAGCCGCUGCUGGGCGCGCUGAACGAGACCUUCACCCGCGGCAAGCUGCAGAUGGAUGUGCUGCAGAUCAGCCGGGCGGCGUCGAUUGCGCUCAUGGUUGCCUUUGCGCUCUACAUCUGGUUUUGUGCUAGCAGCCAGCACAGCAUCUUUGACGAGGUCAUUGAGAUGGACGAGCACCGUGAUGCUGACCGCGAGGAGGAUAUGCAGAAGCCCAAGUUCACCAUGACUGAGGCUCUCAUUGCGCUGGUCGUGUCGCUUGUCUGCGUGACGGCGCUGUUGAUUAUUCUGGUUGGUGAGAUUGAGCAUGUGGUGAAGAGUGGUGUGCCCGAUCAGUUUUUGGGUUUGAUCUUGCUGCCGCUGGUGGAAAAGGCGGCGGAGCAUCUGACUGCGAUUGAUGAAGCCAGGGAUGGCAUGAUCAAUGUUGCCCUGUACCACUGCCUCGGCCCUUCCAUCCAGACUGCCCUUUUCAACGCCCCGCUGGCCGUCGUUAUUGCAUGGAUCAUGGGCAAACCCCUGGAUCUUAACUUUGAGAUCUUCAUGGUUGGCCUUCUCGUCCUGUCGAUUCUGGUGGUUGGAAACUUCCUCCGGGACGGCGAGUCGAACUGGCUCGAAGGCGCACUUCUUGUGGUUGUCUACAUCAUUAUUGCCAUUGCGUGCUGGUACUACCCGGACCCUGAGGUUGCGACCUCGAACGGCUUGGAAGGAUCCGCCGUGGUAAAGGUUACGAUGACGAAGGAUGCACUCGAGCAACUCCAACAAAUCGUCAAGGGGCUGGCACAGUAGAGCAUCAGCCGACGUGACGAAUCGCUAUUGUUGUUACCAUUUAUCAUCUCGGGGCGUGGGUCGAAAUGAUGAAGCUUGAAGGUGGCACAAGGGAAGAACUUGGUGACUGGGGGCCCUAGUACGAUCGUCAUAACCCUGCUGCUGCCCUGUCAAGGUUACAGGUGUCUCGGUAGUCAUAGGAGGUCAAUUUUGUACAAGAACCGAGAAGUUGGAUUCAUAAAUCGUCUCUUUCAUGCGAAUAUUCGAGUUUCACUUAGCCAGCCAAGAUUACCGCCACGCGGUUAAACCCAAGAC